AUGGAGCCCCCCAGAGCGCUUCUCGGCUGCCUGGCGAGCGCCGCCGCUGCCGCCCCGCCAGGGGAGGAUGGAGCCGGGACCGGGGCCGAGGAGGAGGAGGAAGAGGAGGAGGAGGCGGCGGCGGCCCCCAGAGAGCUGGGCUCCGACGCGCCAAUGCCCUACUGGACGGCCGUGUUCGAGUACGAGGCGGCCGGCGAGGACGAGCUGACCCUGCGGCUGGGCGACGUGGUGGAGGUGCUGUCCAAGGACUCGCAGGUGUCCGGCGACGAAGGCUGGUGGACCGGGCAGCUGAACCAGCGGGUGGGCAUCUUCCCCAGCAACUACGUGACUCCGCGCAGCGCCUUCUCCAGUCGCUGCCAGCCUGGUGGCGAGGACCCCAGUUGCUACCCGCCCAUUCAGUUGUUAGAGAUUGAUUUUGCAGAGUUAACCUUGGAAGAGAUCAUCGGCAUCGGGGGCUUUGGGAAAGUCUACCGUGCUUUCUGGGUCGGGGAUGAGGUUGCUGUGAAGGCGGCUCGCCAUGACCCGGAUGAGGACAUCAGCCAGACCAUAGAAAACGUUCGCCAGGAGGCCAAGCUCUUUGCCAUGCUGAAGCACCCCAACAUCAUUGCCCUCAGGGGAGUGUGUCUGAAGGAACCCAACCUCUGCUUGGUCAUGGAGUUUGCUCGAGGAGGGCCUCUGAAUAGAGUGUUAUCUGGGAAGAGGAUCCCCCCAGACAUCCUGGUGAACUGGGCUGUGCAGAUUGCCAGAGGGAUGAACUACUUACAUGAUGAAGCAAUUGUCCCUAUCAUCCACCGUGACCUUAAGUCCAGCAACAUAUUGAUCCUCCAGAAGGUGGAGAAUGGAGACCUGAGCAACAAGAUCCUGAAGAUCACUGACUUUGGCCUGGCUCGUGAAUGGCACCGAACCACCAAGAUGAGUGCCGCAGGGACGUAUGCUUGGAUGGCCCCUGAGGUGAUUCGUGCCUCUAUGUUUUCCAAAGGCAGUGAUGUGUGGAGCUAUGGAGUGCUGCUUUGGGAGCUGCUGACUGGUGAAGUGCCCUUCCGAGGAAUCGAUGGCUUAGCGGUAGCUUAUGGUGUGGCUAUGAACAAACUUGCCCUUCCCAUUCCUUCCACGUGCCCAGAACCCUUUGCCAAACUCAUGGAAGACUGCUGGAAUCCCGACCCCCAUUCACGUCCAUCUUUCACAAAUAUCCUGGACCAGCUAACUACCAUAGAGGAGUCUGGCUUCUUUGAAAUGCCCAAGGACUCCUUCCACUGCCUGCAGGAUGACUGGAAGCAUGAGAUUCAGGAGAUGUUUGACCAACUCAGGGCCAAAGAAAAGGAGCUCCGCACCUGGGAGGAAGAGCUGACACGGGCGGCUUUACAGCAGAAGAACCAGGAGGAGCUACUACGGCGCCGGGAGCAGGAGCUGGCCGAACGGGAGAUCGACAUUCUGGAACGAGAGCUCAACAUCAUCAUUCACCAGCUAUGCCAGGAGAAGCCCCGGGUGAAGAAACGCAAGGGCAAGUUCAGAAAGAGCCGGCUGAAGCUCAAGGAUGGCAACCGCAUCAGCCUCCCUUCUGAUUUCCAGCACAAGUUCACGGUGCAGGCCUCCCCCACCAUGGAUAAGAGGAAGAGUCUGAUCAACAACCGUUCCAGCCCUCCUGCAAGCCCCACCAUCAUUCCUCGCCUUCGAGCCAUCCAGUUGACACCAGGUGAAAGCAGCAAAACCUGGGGCCGGAGUUCAGUCAUCCCAAAGGAGGAAGGUGAAGAGGAGGAGAAGAGGGCCCCCAAAAAGAAAGGACGGACGUGGGGACCAAGCACACUUGGUCAGAAGGAACUUGCCUCAGGAGAUGAAGGAUCCCCUCAGAGACGUGAGAAAGCUAAUGGUUUAAGUACCCCAUCAGAAUCUCCACAUUUCCACUUGGGCCUCAAGUCCCUAGUAGAUGGAUACAAACAGUGGUCAUCCAGUGCCCCUAACCUGGGGAAGGGCCCAAGGAACAGCCCUGCCCUGCCAGGGUUCACCAGCCUUAUGGAGAUGGAGGAUGAGGAUAGCGAAGGCCCGAGGAAUGCAGAGAGCCGCCUACAGCAUUCACCCAACCAGUCCUACCUCUGUAUCCCGUUCCCUCGUGGAGAGGAUGGGGAUGGCCCCUCGAGUGAUGGAAUCCACGAGGAGCCCACCCCAGUCAACUCAGCCACCAGUACCCCUCAGCUGACGCCAACCAAUAGCCUCAAGCGGGGUGGUACCCACCACCGCCGCUGUGAGGUGGCUCUGCUUGGCUGCGGGGCUGUUCUCGCAGCCACAGGCCUAGGGUUUGAUCUGCUGGAAGCUGGCAAGUGCCAGCUGCUUCCCCCAGAAGAACCUGAGCCACCAGCCCGGGAGGAGAAAAAGAGGCGGGAGGGCCUUUUUCAAAGGGCCAGCCGUCCUCGUCGGAGCACCAGCCCUCCCUCCCGAAAGCUUUUCAAGAAGGAAGAACCCAUGCUCUUGCUAGGCGACCCCUCUGCCUCCCUAACACUGCUGUCUCUCUCCUCCAUCUCUGAAUGCAAUUCCACCCGCUCCCUGUUGCGCUCCGACAGCGAUGAGAUUGUGGUGUAUGAGAUGCCUGUCAGCCCCGUUGAGGCCCCACCCCUCACCCCCUGCACCCACAACCCCCUGGUCAAUGUCCGAGUGGAACGCUUCAAGAAAGACCCCAACCAGUCUCUCACUCCCACCCACGUCACCCUUACGGCUCCCACGCAACCAAGUGGCCACCGGCGGACUCCUUCUGAUGGGGCCCUUAAGCCAGCGGUUCUCCUAACCAGCAGAAGCCCCUCCAGCAAUGGGUUGAGCCCCAGUCCUGGAGCAGGAAUGCUGAAAACCCCCAGCCCUAGCAGAGACCCAGGUGAAGUUCCACGUCUCCCUGACCCCAAUGUGGUCUUCCCCCCAACCCCAAGGCGCUGGAACACACAACAGGACUCUACCUUGGAGAGACCCAAGACCCUGGAGUUUCUGCCUCGACCGAGACCCUCUGCCAAUCGGCAACGGCUGGACCCUUGGUGGUUUGUGUCCCCCAGCCACGCCCGCAGCGCCUCCCCAGCCAACAGCUCCAGCACAGAGACACCCAGCAACCUGGACUCCUGCUUUGCGAGCAGCAGUAGCACUGUGGAGGAGCGGCCUGGCCUCCCAGCCCUGCUCCCCUUACAGGCAGGGUCACUACCGCCUGCCGAGCGGACGCUUCUGGACCUGGAUGCUGAGGGGCAGAGUCAGGACAGCACUGUGCCGCUGUGCAGAGCUGAACUGAACACACACAGGCCUGCCCCUUAUGAGAUCCAGCAAGAGUUCUGGUCUUAGCCUGAAAAGGUCAAGGUGGGCGAGGGGGAGGCAGGAGGACAUGGGGAGAGCUGGCUGGCACAGCCCUUUCUCAGAGUUGGACCUCCUGAGAUCCAACCCUACUUCUUGCACUGAUAAUGCACUUUGAAGAUGGAGGGGAUGGAAACAGGGCCACUUCAGAGUCUCCUACCCUGCAGGGCCUUCCACCCAUGUCCACUGGAGGGGCUGUGGCCAUCAGCUCAGGCUGUGUAGGGGAGGGAGGGGCGUGUGCAUGACCCCCAUCCUCCACAGUCUUCCUCGCCUUUUGAGUGACACCACAGAGUCACUCAGCCAAAUCAGUCUGCUGCGCCUCUCCUCAGCCAGCUGGGUAUGCCCCGAGCCUGUCCUAGAUGGAGUCCUUUGGUUUGCCCUGAGUUCAAGCGUCCCAAACACCA